CUUCAGUCGAAAGCGAUAAACAUGAAAUUCAUUUUCUUUGUCUACAUUCUGGUUCCUAUUAUUGGUUCAGCCAUGGUAAAAUCGGAGGGCAUCUGCAGUCUUCCAAUAGAACCUGGGCGUUGCAAGGCAAUGAUCCGAAAAUUCGCUUACAAACCUAGUAAUAAGGGAUGCGUUCCAUUUGUAUAUGGUGGAUGUGGUGGCAACGGAAAUCGUUUUGAUUCUAUACAAUCCUGUGAUUCCGCAUGUAAAGGAAAAUGAGUCUACGUCGAUUACCUAAAGUUUUCGCUAAAACAAUUUAGUUGCUUUUAAUUUCCAUUACCAGGUUCAAAUAUAAAAUCAAAGAAAAAUA